AGACAUGAUUUCAAAUGACGUAACUGAGAGUCGUUGUUUCUAUGGCUGUGUGUGAAACAAACGUCGGUUUAAAAACUGCUGCUCUUGUCUGCUUCAGCUUUAAACUGUAGCUUGGUGUGUCGUGUGAUAGACUGUUGUAAAGUGUCAGAGUUAAAAGCAAUUCAUCAAUCAAGCAGCGUGUUUGUGAAGAUGUCCUCAGACAGUGGGAGCACCAGCCCUGUUUUGCCAAAGGACUCUGACAGAGGCAGUUCUGUGUCUUCUGAGCUUCAGGAGGAGUAUGAGGAGCUUCUUCAGUGUGCUAUUGUAACCCCAAAACUCACCAGUGUUCAUCUACAGCCACUGAGUACCACACAUCGAACUGCAGAGGGUCGAGUAUCCCAGAGAGAAAAUGACAGAAAAUCACAACACCCAGCAGACUCUGCUGCUGAAGCUAAAGAUGAGCAGUCCAUUAUGACUGCGAGAGCUUCACAGACCUCCCCUUCAGUAUUUGGGUCCUCCACACAUUCAAGAGUGCCUUAUGCAAAAGAGAUGAUGCAGCAGACGUGUCACACGCCAUCUUCUCAUCCAGAUCCCAUUGAUACCACUGUGGUGGAGAUGUUUAUCUCAGAGGAUCGUAUAAACAAAAUGGACAAUAUUCUUGACACAUGGAACAAUAACCUGAAGGCAAAUGUCCGGAUGGAACUUGGGAAGUGGAAAUUUGCUUUUGUGGACAAAUACAAACUGGAGAUGAAAAAGGAGAGAGAGAAAUCUGCAGCCCACACAGCUGAGUUAAAGUCAGAGAUUGACACAUUGAAGGAACUGCUGAAAACCUUUGAGACUUCAAACCGGAGGAAAGAUGAGCUUAUUGAGAACCUGAACCAGGUCUUGGACAGACAAAAUGAAAAGCUUGAAAAAAUGAGGGCCUACACCCACUGGAGACUGAAGCACACAGAGGCCAAAGAAGAGGCUCAUGCUAUGCAGGUGGCACAGCAGCACUACAGUUUCCAGCUGAAGAAGAAGGUAUGGUUAGGCUGGCAUGCUUUGAUCCAGAAACCCUGGAAGAUCAAGGUGGAGCAAGCCUGUCGUGCAAGGGCAGAAGAGGUCUGCACCCGCCUGUCAGCAGAGUAUGAAGCCAAGCUGGCAGAGCACUGUGAGGCCAUUCAGAAGGCCCAGGCUGAGAUUCAUCAGAUGCAGCUUGAACAAGAGCACUAUGAGGAAUCCGUGAAGAAAGCCUUCAUGAGGGGAGUGUGUGCUCUGAACAUGGAGGCUCUCAGCAUGUUCCACACCACAGAGGGACGACUACGACAAGGACCAGUUCAUGAUCAACACGACCCAGUACCUCCCCAUGAUGAGCCUGAAUCUGCACUGCUGUAUCCACCCCAGCCAUAUCCUAUGUCUCACCGGUUUAGCCCAGGGAACCCCGCAGAACCGCGGCCCCCAAGUGAAGUAGAGAAUAUGGGGAGUGGGCGUGUCAUUGCAGCCAGCCAGCAGAAACCUUCAAGGACAGUGACAGCUCGUAUCACUUCACACGCUGACGUUGGCAAGGGGGCACACAGCAACCUUCACGUGAUGGGCGUGGCUCCACCCUCUGCUUCUGUCACGGUGGAACGGCAUCAUCCUGUUACAAAGCUCACCAUUGGUCAGGCCAUGGCUGCCAGAUUUCCUCACUCCUCCCAAAUGGGACAGAGCUCCAGCAGAGGCAAAAGCUCCUCGAGAACACAGAGCGGCACAUGCAUCGACUUCAUCAAAGUAGUUGACUGACCCAAGCACAUGUUUAAAAGAGAGUCUUGUAUAUUUAAAUGUAGGGAACAGCCGUAUAUUAUGUAAGACCAGAAAUACAGUUACAAGAAGAACCUUGAAGACAUCAGAAGACUGUUUUGAUGGUCCUAAUUUGAAGGAUCAAAUGUAAUUUUAGAAUUUUUCCUCAUAGUUAUAUUGUUCAUUGUAAAUGAGGAGUUGUUGCUUUGUGUUGCUGGUCCUGUAUAUAUGUCAGAGGCUCUCAAACAAACAGCAAGGUGUGUACUGCAGAAAGUGGUGGUGCAGGAUCCUGUCAGAUGUGUGAUCCCACAAAGACAAUAUUACAGCAAUACAGGACAAACACAUUUUAUUAACUUAUGAUGACUGUAAUUUAAUUUUUACUAUAGUCAGUUAAGAAUUUAUGGAGCAUUAACCAGCAGAGAAGUGCCACUUGUCUCUCAAACUGUCAUUUGUACACGUAGAUACUUUUUCAGUGUAAAACUCAGUAUAAUUUGUACCAGUCAUUCGAAAAGGCAGCUACGUCUGCGUCACUUCAUUUAUUGUAAGCAAGCACUGGAUCUUCUGUACAGUAGCAGGAUUCAUAAUGCAAGCUUUUAAUUGUUAAACAUGUUUUGAAUGAUCAGCUGUACAGUUACAGAUGUAAGAGUAUUAUUUUUUCAAUUAUGCACAGGUAAAACUACUAAAUGUGAAAUCAGAUUUUAUGCAUUUGUUUUACCUGUAUUUCAUAUUUUAUCUCCAAAGUGCAAAAUCAAAGCCAU